AUGCAGAUCGCAACCGAGACGGUCCCUAUUGUUGCGCGCGUGGCUGGUGGCUGGGUUCGGGAUAAGAUGCUCCACCGGCCCUCCCUGGAUAUUGAUAUCACGCUUGAUGUAGUCACGGGACGUCAAUUUGUUGCCAUGAUCGCCAACCUCAUUGAACAAGAGAAGCGUUCAGAUGUCGGCUUUCACGUCUUGCCUGAAGCCAGCCAAUCAGCACACCUGCAGGUGGCCACGGCGACCCUCUUCGGAUUGGAAAUUGAUUUUAAUCAACUUCGCAAAGAGACCUACGAUCCAGAAUCGCGCAUCCCCGCCGUAGAGAUUGGCACCAUCCAGGAAGACAGUGAUCGCCGUGACUUUACGAUCAAUGCCCUCUAUUAUAACAUCAACACCGAUGCCAUUGAAGACUUUGACGGCCGAGGCCUCUCAGACCUGGAAGCCGGCAUCGUGCGCAGCUUUGGCAACCCCACUCAGCGCUUCAUGGAUGACCCUCUGCGACUCUUGCGGCUGGCCCGAUAUGCAGGCCGCUAUUGCUUCCAGGUCGAGGCAACCACCCUGGCUGCUGCGCGCCAGUCUACAAUUCACGAGGCGCUACAAACAAAGGUUUCGCGCGAACGGUUUGGCAUGGAGCUGCUGAAACUGUUCAAGGCUGACAAUGCCAUGGCUUGCUUGCUGCACUUGGCUGAGCUCCAACUUUUUGGAGUUCUCUUCGAUUUGCCCCCCGUGCUACUCCCAGAUCGCGAGGCCAACCCCUUUCCAUUCUUCCCGGUGCCCGUGUAUUAUCUCUCACUGGCUGAGAUCACACCUGCGGCGUUGGCCGUGGCCGAGUGCAUCAGCCAAGCUAUGCAAAAGGCUGUACGAGGCUUGUUUCUCUUCCCCUCUUGUCUUUGUCCGAGUACAUUUGUGCACAAGUGUGCGCGCGCGGUUUGCAGCCAUUGUUUCUGCUGUCUAAGUGUCUCUAACGAGCUCUUCUGA